AAUCAUCGAGCAGCCUUUUAAUCUUAUAAUUUUGGCGGCGGUCGGAAGAUGGCGGAAAAUUUGAAAGGUGAAGUGUGUAUGGUAGCAUGCAUUUCCAACACAGACCAGCUGGAAGUGAUCUGUCGAGAGCAGGGGGUGGUAUGCGGCGACCUAGGCAUCAACAAGAACAACCUGUGCGACUUUGAGGUAGAAUACCUUUGCGACUACAAAAAGAAAGUUAUCACCGAUGGAAAGACACAAACCGUACAGGAGUUAUAUUUGGUGAAAUGGAAGGGGUUCCCUGAAUCCAGCAACACAUGGGAACCUCGCAAGAACCUGAAGUGCGUGGAUCUGCUCAACCAGUUCUGGGAGGACCUGAAUGUGGAGAUGCAGAGACAGAAGAAGCGUUCUGCCCCUCGUCGUCUUGACCCUGCUACCGUGUCACAGCUCAUCCAGCGAGCGAAACUCCGGCAGACCCUUAAAAAGUGGGAGGUACACCUCAACAGCUUGGGCGCCCACAAGGGCCACAUCUAUGUCCGAAACAUGGUCGACCUGGAGGGCCCGCCUAAGAACUUCACCUACAUAAAUGACUAUAAAGUUGGGGAUGGGAUCAUGCUGAAUGAGGUGUCUGUGGGCUGCGAAUGCACAGACUGCCUGGGUAACCCCGUGGAGGGCUGCUGUGCCGGAGCAUCACAGCACAAGUUUGCUUACAAUGAGUUAGGCCAGGUCCGCAUUCGGCCCGGGUUGCCCAUUUACGAAUGCAACAAGCGGUGCCGCUGUGGGCUCGACUGCCUCAACAGAGUGGUGCAGAAGGGCAUUCGGUAUUCCCUCUGCAUUUUUAGAACAGACAAUGGCAGGGGUUGGGGUGUGCGGACCAUGGAGCGCAUUCGCAAGAACACUUUCGUCAUGGAGUACGUUGGGGAGAUCAUUACGACAGAAGAAGCAGAACGCAGAGGUCAAAUAUACGAUAAAGAAGGCGCCACCUACCUUUUUGACCUGGAUUAUGUGGACGACGAAUACACUGUGGAUGCUGCUUACUAUGGAAACAUCUCCCACUUUGUCAAUCACAGCUGUGACCCAAACCUUCAGGUAUAUAAUGUGUUUAUUGAUAACCUGGAUGAGCGGCUGCCACGGAUAGCGUUCUUUGCCACACGUGGGAUAAAGGCAGGAGAGGAGCUCACCUUUGACUACAAAAUGAAGAUUGAUCCAGUAGAUGCAGAGAGCACGAAGAUGGAUUCUAAUUUCAGUCUGACGGGACUCCCAGGAUCCCCUAAGAAACGUAUGCGCAUGGAGUGCAAAUGUGGGGUGGCGACAUGUCGAAAGUACCUCUUUUAGAGGAUGUUCAUGCUGGAGAGGGACUGAAAGAAGAUCAUGUGUUCAAGUGAAUAUGUUUGAAAGCAUCUGCAGUUUAGAAACCGUUUUGGCAGGUGUUUUGUAAUACUUCAUUGAAUUUUAAGUAUAUAUUUAAUUUUUUUUUUAAUUUCCCCGAGAUACAUUUCCCCUCAGAAUUGUUGUCUGCUUUAAAUAUUGUAUAAAAUGUGCCAUUAAUCUUUCGAUUUUUCCGUUAGAGAAGAUGUGUAAAGUAAAAAAGGGGCUUUUCAGUAAUUGUUUUAAAAGCAUAUUUUAAAUCAUAUCAAAGUCUUUGACACCAUGGAUUUCUUACACAAAUGAUUUGAAAAUUUUAAAUGUUUAAAAUGGUCAUAUGUUUGAUUUAGGAGGGGUUCUUUUUACUUUUUCAAUCAAACUUGUGUAGUAUAACUUUUUGGCCUGUUUUUAGCACAUAUAUUUAGACCAGUGUGAAAUAUAACAACAUUUUCACUGUCCUUUUAUUUUUUUUUUGAAUGACUUUAAAUUACCACCAGGUGGCAAAAUUGUACUAUUAAUGCACAGAAGAGAAAUUUGUUAGACAGAGGGAGGUGAACCUACAUGAGAUGUUGCCUUUCACGCAUACUAAAUGUUAUUCUGUUUUAUGUGAAUAUAGUCUAACACUUGACAAAAUAUAUUCAUACUGUCAAACUGGUCUUUCAUUGAAUGUAUUUGAGAGAUGGACUUCAUGGAUGCAUAAAUGAGUGUGAGUGCUUGGUUAUUUCACCAAUCUGUCUGAUGACUAUUCAGGGUUGUUUUUCCAAAAUGUCACAUGAACCAAGUGUGGCAGUUGUUUCUUGUCUACUUGUGCUUGCAAUAUUUUUGGGGAAAAAAUGCUCAGGUGGUUUUUCAGAGCUGGAAUGUGGCUGUAGAUUGACGAUUCAUACAUUCUGGAUUAGUUUAUGCUCGGGAACAUUUCCUUAUUAAAUUCACAAUUUUAUAACUAUCCACAACCAAAUCUGUGCAUAUGUAUAUAUAUUAAGACUACAACUUGUUAUUUUUAUGUUUUGUAUUAAAAAGAAUCGAGUUACUUUGUCAGACCUCA